UUUCACAUUUUAUGUAAUUUUCAUAUUUUUCCGAAAUUUUCACAUUUUUCUGAAAUUUUCACAUUUUUCUUGAAAUUUUCACAUUUUUCUCGAAAUUUUCAUAUUUCUCGAAAUUUUCACAUUUUCAUGAAAUUUUCACAUUUUUCUAAAAUUUUUGACAUUUUUCCGAAAUUUUCACAUUUUUCUGAAAUUUUCACAUUUUUCUGA